UCAGCUAUUUUUUCGAGUGACUGUAAGUGAGUGGGUACUUUUAACAGACAGACAAAACAGAGUUAGAAUCAAACCUUUUCAACUAUCGAAUCUAGUAUUUCCUAUUAAAACUAACAGGUACUUUUCAAAUUUUACGAAUCAUACUGGGUUGAAGUUUUGGAAUGAGCAUGCAACUCACUUCUUGACAACACCAGUAAAAAGAGAUUCGCUCAUCAUGCGAUUGGUGACUCAAACGAAAGAAAAAGAUAAACAAAUUAGAAUGAGUUUGAUCUGGUUUAGGUGGACUCCGGUAUGGAAACUCGUUAGUAUUGUGCGCUCAAGAGUGUGAAAAAUAAAAUUUUAUGCUAAAAUAUGUAGACUCGUGUAAUUCUCAAAAAUGGCAAAAAACGCAGUUCAUAAUUUUAAAAUUAUCCUCCUAGGAGAGCCAGGCGUUGGGAAAACUUCUAUGACUCAUAUCUAUACCAAUCCGACGUCUAAAUCUAAUCAUUUUGAGGCUAACCUUACUUCAAAAGAACUCACCGUUAAAGGAAAAAGAGUGAAACUCUGUAUCUGGGAAACAUCAAGUCAACGGUGGUUCAAGCAUGUCGCCACCAACUAUUACGAUGGCGUCCUCUUGGUCUACGACACCACAUGCCUGCUGACUUUCAACGCUCUUUCUGGUUGGCUGGCACAAUUAAAGCGAAAAAAUGAUGAGGCUGUCACCCUCGUAGUUGGAAAUAAGGUGGACCACCCAGACAGUAUUGCUGUAUCACGUGACAUAGCCCAGAGAUUCACAAGAGACAAGGAUUUAGAAUUCAUGGAAUCUAGUGGGAAAAAUGGUGACAGUGUUGUAAGAAUUUUUGAACACCUUACUUUAAGAAUUCUUCAAGCCAAAAAUUUGAUUCCUAAUGAUGAAAGUGAGACUUUAACGUCAUCCCUACUUGUAGUUGAUGAUCAAAGUGAUGAACAUAUCGCAGGAAAACUCCAACAGCCUGACACUCCAUCUAUACUUACAGUUCAUGACCAACGAGACGAAGAACUUUCCGCGGAACAACUUUACAGUAGAGACUCCUUCACCGACACUAGUCAUGUGACAGAUGAGACCUUGCAAAAAUCUCAGCUUACCAAUUGUACGGUAAACGACAAUGUGAGCGCUCGUCAGGCAUCUGUUGUUAAUAGUGACGAUGAAGAAUUAGAACUAUCAUUCGUUUGGGUUUCUUUUUUACCUCCUAUUGUGAAACUCCCGUCUGAUAUAACACCACUGAAAGUUGGAAGACGUAGAACUAGUGCAGACAGUGUCCUGUCCUUGAUGACUGAAUCUAAACAAAAUACUUUGAUGAUUAGCUCUUGAGAAAUGAAAGUUAGUGCAAAAACGGGGUUAGAUAGCAUUUUAAAAGCUACAGGGAUUAUGUCGAACAUCCAAAAGCCAUCCACUCAUGUGAUUUGCAAACAAGAAAGAUUUAUUCUGUAGUUAAUUUAACUGUGUUCUAGUCAAAAAUAAUUCAAGCACGUUUUAUCCUUACUCGUUUUACCAGAUAUUUUUUAAAUAGACAUUUUUUUUAAAUUACGCUCUUAAAAAAAGAAAGAAAAGAGUAAUUGUCAAUCAAAUAGAAAAACGACUUGAGUGUUUCAGAUUUUAAGUGUUCCACUUUGACACAAGUUGAGGUUGAUUGAGGACAAAUAGUCAUAAUUAGAUUGAUCUCAAGAUUUGACUAUUUGCGAUGCUAGAAAUGCAAAGCUAAAUGUUGAUUUACCUUUGCCGUUUGAGAAAAAGGAAUCCCUUUUAAUAUAACGUUUCAUAGAAUAGAUAUUUUCUAAUUUUACAUAUUCGUCAGGACUUAUAAGCUGUUCUUGUAAUAAACACACAAGCAUAUGCAUGUGUAACAAUAAAUAAAUACGUGAUUCGACGGAAUUCAUAUUGAGAAAGACAUUCUUUUAGAAGGAUGAUGACCUUAAAUUCUUAGAAACUACUACAGCAACAUACUUGCAGAACACUGAAAUCUCUCCCAUUUUCACCUUAAAACUUCCACUGAAUGUAUGUAGCUAAUAUCCCAGAUAGCAAACUAAGGUUUAUUUUCACUUGUUAAAAACCUUUUCAUGUAAACCUGAAAAGGGUUUUUUAUUCCGUUUACGUGUAAAUCUUCGAAAUUUGAAGCAAGAUCUGUGUCAUUCUGCUCUGUUCUACGCACAUUACCCUAAGCCAAAACCUAGGGAAACAACCUUCGAUGUAACAACCUCAAAUAAAAUUUGUCUUGGGAUUUUCAAGCAUAAGAAAAAUCCUUGAACAGAGUUUGUCUGGUUUGAUUUAUGUAAUUGUAAGGUUUCUUCUUACAACGUUUUGUAAACUCAACUAAUAUUCAUCUUGUCAUGAAAUUUUUGUUAACAAUUGAAUUUGCUCCUAUUGCUAAUGUGACGUUACAUUUGUACUAUUACCAAUUUUAUAUCUUGCUUUCUUUGCCAUUCUGUCUGUGGAAAAAUUAGUUUUUUUAAUAAAGUUUCUUUACAAACCGUU